GGCUUAGAAAAGAAGCGAGCUUGGGCGGGCAGGGUGAGUGAGUGGAGUGGAGUGGAGUGGAGAGUCCAAAGCAAGAACACAGGAGGCGCAUGUGCGUGCGUGCGUGGGUGCGUGGGUGGUGAUGAUGACGGCGACUGACUAGGCAGGCCACCGCCGCCGCCGCAGCACCGCCGGGGGAUCCGGAGCGGGGGCGCCCGCCCACCCCAAAGGAGAAAGAAAGCAUCAAAGGGAGGAGUGUGAGAGCGGUCACCCGUGUGUUUCAGUACUACCACUUCUUCUUGUGCUGGUCAGACAGAGGGAGAGAGAGAGGGAGGGAGGAGAGAGAGAGAGAAAAGAGGGAGGAGUGUGGUGGUAGCCGCAUCCACUCCGUGCGUCUCCAGCCGCCGCCGGCGGCGUCUCCAGCCGGCGAAUCUGUUCCCCGUCCGGCGGAGCUCCGGCUGGGCGGAUCUAGGAGGAGGGCGGCGGUUUCUUUCUUCUGCGGCGCGCAGGGAGCGUAUGCUCCGUCUUCCCCGCGGGGCUCCGGUGUUUAAGAUAUCCACCUUAUUCUAUCUUAUAACUCCAGCAGCCUUGUAAUUCUACACAAUACUAUCAUGGCAGUCGUGAGCUUAUGUGCAUAUUGGUAGUAUCCUCGUCGCUUUGUAGUUACUUGGACAUCAGAUGUGACAAAUAUGUACGCAAAGGGGCCACCAUUAGAUGUUCUUAGAGCAAGCAUUUCUAGUGCCCCUAGCACAUCCAGCCAUGGCUCUGCGCAAGAUGACUGUGACUCUUUAGGUGAUGUCUAUGUGUGGGGUGAGGUUGUUUGUGACAACUCUGCACGGACCAGCUCCGACACUGUAAUCAGAUCAACUGGGAAGACUGAUUUCCUCCUCCCGAAGCCGUUGGAGUCCAAUUUAGUCCUUGAUGUGUACCAUGUGGAUUGUGGGGUCAGGCAUGCCUCGUUGGUCACAAGAAAUGGGGAAGUUUUCACAUGGGGUGAAGAUUCCGGAGGCCGCCUUGGCCAUGGAACACGGGAGGAUUCUGUCCACCCCCGCCUCGUCGAGUCUUUAGCAGCUUCCAACAUAGAUUUUGUUGCCUGUGGGGAGUUUCACACCUGUGCUGUGACGACGACGGGCGAGCUUUAUACCUGGGGUGAUGGAACUCACAAUGUUGGACUUCUAGGACAUGGUACUGAUGUAGGACACUGGAUACCCAGGAGGAUUUCUGGACCACUGGAAGGCCUCCAAAUUGCCUAUGUUUCCUGCGGGACCUGGCAUACAGCCUUGAUUACAUCGAUGGGCCAGUUGUUCACCUUUGGAGAUGGUUCAUUUGGGGUGUUAGGCCAUGGAAAUGUGAAGAGCAUUUCGUGUCCAAGGGAGGUAGAGUCACUGUCAGGGCUGAAAACAAUUGCAGUUGCAUGUGGUGUAUGGCACACUGCAGCCAUUGUAGAGGUUAUCGUCACUCAGUCCAGCGCAACGGUGUCUGCUGGGAAGCUAUUCACAUGGGGAGAUGGCGACAAGCAUCGGCUUGGUCACGGUGAUAAGGAAGCACGACUCAAGCCUACCUGUGUGGCUUCACUUAUUGAUUAUGAUUUUUACAGGGUGGCAUGUGGUCACAGUCUUACUGUAGGCUUGACAACUUCUGGCAAAGUGUGGACCAUGGGUAAUUCUGUUUAUGGCCAGCUGGGGAACCCGAAUUCAGAUGGAAGGCCAUGUUUAGUUGAAGAUAAGAUUGCAAGUGAACACGUUCUCCAAAUCGCUUGUGGUUCCUACCAUGUUGCGGUUUUGACAAGUAGAAGUGAAGUUUUUACAUGGGGCAAAGGAGCUAAUGGGAGAUUGGGCCAUGGAGAUGUAGAGGACCGCAAAGUACCUACAACGGUCGAGGCGUUGAGAGACAGAGCUGUUAGGCACAUAGCCUGUGGUGCAAACUUCACUGCUGCUAUAUGCCUGCACAAAUGGGUUUCUGGAGCUGAUCAAUCCCAAUGCUCCUCUUGUCGGCAGCCAUUCGGGUUUACUCGAAAGAGGCAUAACUGCUAUAACUGUGGACUUGUCCACUGUAAUGCAUGCACCUCACGGAAGGCGUUGAGAGCGGCAUUGGCUCCUAAUCCCGGGAAACUUCACCGUGUUUGUGAUUCCUGCUACUCGAAGUUAAAGAAUGCCUCUAGUUCAGCUAGCAAGAAAGACCUUGCAUCAGGUGAAAGCAAUGGAGAAGCUAGAGUAGGAAAAUCCAACCUUUCUAGUAAUAUGGAUAUGAUUAGAAGUUUGGACAGUAAGGCAGCAAAACAGGGGAAGAAGACUGAUGCACUGUCAUUUCUCCGGAAUCCUCAAGUUAGUUCGCUGCUGCAGCUGAGAGAUAUCGCUUUCUCUGGUGGCGCGGAUCUCAACAGAUCAGCAGCUCCGAGAGCAGUGCGAACACCAGCAGUCCGGUCCGUAGCCACUUCAAGAGCCGUUUCCCCUUUCUCUCGCAAGUCUAGCCCACCACGUUCUACCACACCAGUUCCAACAACUCAUGGUCUUUCUUUCUCAAAAAGCGCCACUGAUAAUCUGGUGAAAGCAAAUGAGCUCUUAAGUCAGGAAGUUGAGAGGCUGCGUGCACAGGUUGAUAGCCUGAGAAAUCGUUGUGACCAUCAUGAACUUGAACUCCAUAAGUCAGCCAAGAAAGUACAAGAGGCCAUGACAUUGGUUGCAGAGGAAUCUGCAAAAUCCAAAGCGGCAAAGGAAGUUAUAAAAUCUCUAACAGCACAGCUGAAAGACAUGGCUGAGAGAUUACCACCAGAACAUGGAGCUUAUGAUUUCAAUGAAGCAAAGCAAGUACAUGCUCCAAACGGUGUUGAGCAACAUGUUGCUACCUACUCUAGCAUGAAUGGAAAAAUUCACCAAGCAAGGAAUGAGUUGCUCAAUGCACCUAGUCCAAACUCUGGACGGUCGCCACAUUCAAAUGGAGGAAUCUCAAAUCAACACAAAUUACUAGGCAAUAUUAGUGAAAAUAGUGAAGGCAGCACUCACAGCCUUAGAAUUACCAGUCCUCACGGAUCUGAUCGCCCUCAUCGAAGAGCACACAGCAAUAGUGAUGAGAUGCUGUCUGCAAGUAGCAGAGCUGAUGAUAAUGUCAGCAUAGAUGCUAGAUCCCUUCAAAGUAGUGAGGACGGCUACAAACCUCGAGGAACAAUUUCUAUAUCCAGCAACCAAGUACAGGCUGAGUGGAUCGAGCAGUACGAACCAGGUGUUUACAUAACGCUCACGACCCUUCGUGAUGGGACUCGGGAUUUGAAGAGGGUUCGCUUCAGCCGAAGGCGCUUUGGGGAGCAUCAGGCCGAAAAUUGGUGGAACGAGAACCGCGAGAAAGUGUAUGAGAAGUACAACGUGAGGAGCUCCGAACGGGUCUCGUCAGCAGCCUCGACCCGGUCGGCCUAUUAGCUUACCUGUGGAUGACCUGUUGCACGCCGGCACCUGUUUCUUCACACACAAACGGCAAGAUCGACCAACAACAGCAAAUUAUCAACAAAACUGUGGUCAUACAUACCGGGCUGGAGACCGCCAUAUGCGACCGCCACUGCAAUUUUUAUCGGUUUUUCAUACUGUAAUAUGGAUAGGAUGAUAGUUCAAGUUUUUGGUUGGUGUUGAAUCCGCCUGAGGCUGUAGCAUGGGCCCUGUCCCAGUGUAAUGUACAUACAUGGACAUGAUGAAACAAACAGGGCAUGGUACCUUUACCAUGUUAUAGAUCACACUAGCCAUUGUAGCUAGGUGAAUUUUUUCCCCCUCUUCUUCCAGUUAUUAUUUAUUCUCUUUUCCCUCAGUGUGAUUAAUUUGCAAAAGAACUCGUGUCCUGCAAUUGUACUUGGAUGAUAUAUAUCUUCCACAAAUUAGGCCCUA